AUCCCUUACUCUACACUCUACUGGUCUCGUAGCAAUGUUUAUCAUUCUGGCUCUUAGCAUAACAUUUUAUAAAUUAUAAUAUUAUGAAGAAAAUUUUUAGUUUAUUUUUAUUGGGUUAUUUUUGAAAAUAAAAAACAACGCUGACACAUGUUGCGGGUUAUCACUAAUCACUUAUCAGAAGUUUAAACUCUAAAUACGACUUAUUUAUUUCAUCGUAUCAUACAACUACUAACUACUCUCAAAAGUCAAAAGACUGAUUGUUAGUUUGUUUUUGUUACAAAUUUUAAAAUUUGAAACUAAGUAUCAACAGCCAACUCACAGUUCAAACUUCAGUAAUACAGUAUACGCUUUACAAUCAAAGGUACGAAGUUUACUAUAGGUUCACUGUCAACAAAAAUGACGAAUUUUAGAAAAAACAUGAGUUGGAGUUGUUUAAACACUAAAGAAGAUUUAUUUGAAUUAUUUACUGGCCACGUUGAUCAUGAUGUUAUUGAAAUGGUGAUAGAAAGUCGAAAUAAUGAUUUGUUAUUGGCAUAUCGAGAUCUUAUUGAAAUAACAAAUAUUUCUGAUCCUGAUCCAAAUCUACAUUUACUAUCCGCUGAAGAAAAAAAUCAAUCUGCUGCAGUUUCUAAUUCUAAUAUUCCUAACGUUAAUUGGGAACGUUUAUCUACAACUGAAACGCCUAUUAGUAGAAUCUUAUAUUUGUUAUCAAAAAACUUCAAAGUUGUAGUAUUUAUGAGAGGAUGUCCAGGCAGUGGAAAAUCAUAUCAAGCAAAUAAUAUUUUGAAUUUAUGCUAUAAAAACGCUAAAAAUGAUGACUUUAUUUUUAGUGCAGAUAAGUUUUUUAUUCAUAAAAGUAAUGGGAAGUAUAAAUAUAAUCGGGAUAAAUUAAUUGAUGCACACAAUUGGGCAUUUCAAAAAUUCCAAAAAGCUAUUGAAUUAGAAGUUACUCCAGUUAUUAAUGAUAAUACAAAUUGUGAAGCUUGGGAAAUGGAAAAAUAUGCUAGAAUGGCUGUAAAUAAUGGAUAUUGGAUUGAAAUUGUUGAACCUAUUACCGAAUGGGCAUGGGAUGCAACAGAGUUGGUCAAGAAAAAUACACAUUCAGUUCCUUAUGAUGCUAUAGUUAUGGCACUCCGUCGAUAUGAACAUAAUAUUACUGUUGAUAGUUUGUUAGCUAGAUUUAAAUUAAAAUAUAAUAAGAAAAACCAACUACCAAUAGUAUCAAACAUGGUUAAAAAAUAUCAGCUUUGUGAAAAUCUCAUAGACCAGAGAGAUGUAGUAAGUAAAACCCAAAUUGAGAUUAUUGACGAUUUUAAAGACUUGUGUAUUACAAAAACACAAAAAAAAAAAAAAAAAAAAAAAGAAUCUACUAUUCUUACUAAUAGUAAUGAUGAAGACACUCUGAUUUCUACAAUUAGUUCAACACAAGAACAAGAUAUUCAUGAGAGCAAUGAAUUUGAAAACCUAUCCCAAGAAAUGUCUGAUAUAGAUGAAGAAUCUCAAUCAUCCGUGGAAGACGCAUCAAAUUAUGUCAAUAAAUCUGUUAAUACAUCUGAAAAUGAUUUUUUAUUUAUGGAAGUCCUGAAUGAAUUACCUGAAGAAGAGUAUAGUAGUUAUGUUGUCUAUGGAAAAAAUAGAGAUAUAAAUGAAGGAAAUUUGAGUAUUUUGGAUAUGCUUUGUGGAAAAUUAGAUAAAGGUACAACAACUAACGAUCUUAAAGGUAUUAUACCUAAACUAAAUUUGAAUAAACUUUGUGAAAACUACCCAGAAAAUAUUUCUUCAUUAAUUAUUGAAUUAUUUGAAAAAUGUGAAGGGAAUAUUGAUUGGAUUUUAGAUAUGUUAGUAGAAUCUAGACAUAAUAUAUCAAAACAACAAUUGUGCCGUUUUAUUGAGUAUGAAGAAAAUUAUUUUAUAAAAAAUGUUCAACGUCAAGACUCCAUUGAACUUUUAAAUCAAAAUAAUGAACAAGAUACUAAUUUUUUUAAUUCUCCAUUAAACUCACAGUCAAAAGCAAUAAAUAAAAUCACUGAAGAAACUGAUAGUAAAAAAAAAAAACAUGGGAAAAAAGUCAUCGAUAAAAAAUUACAAAGAACAUUUAAAAUUGUUGAUGAUGAUUUAAGAAAAGAUUUUGAAAAUAAAUUUACAUUUGGUGAUUCAUUAUACUCUGACCAUGUUUUAAGGAUAAAAAAAUUUAAAGAAAAUCAAAAUUCUAUGGACAGUUCUGAUUUUAUUCUUCCAAAAUCUGAAAGGGUUGAAGAAAACUUAACAUUUGAAAAAGAUGAUGGGGGAAACUUUGUUCAAUUAGUUAUGGAUAGAAGUGUGCUUGCUCAAUUAUGUGACUAUUUUGGCGAUUUUUCUCCUAAUUUUAAUCAAAAUACAUUAUUAAUGCCAGUGAAAUUACCCGAAAAGUUGGCUGAAGAACUUUAUUAUUAUUUGAUUGCAAAUACUCCUUUAGAUGUUUGUAAUCAAGAUGCCAUUUUACAAGAUGAAACUUUGGCUAGAAAACUACAAGAAGAAUCUACAGAAGAAUGUUCUUCUAGUAAUUCAAAUUCCUACAUUGGAGAAUUCACAUUUUCUGCAGUUUUAACAAAAAAAUUGCUGUUGGAAAAAUUUAAACAUAUUAAUUCCACACAUGUUUUAAAUGUUUUACGUGCCAAAAAUUAUAAAUUUCAUGAAGCAAAUGAAUUUUUAAGUGAAGCAUCUGGAAUCAAAUGUUCGUUAAACCAAGACAAUCCAACUAUUCAAGAAAAUGAAAGAAGUCGAGUUAAUGAGAUAAAUCAUAAUGAAUCCAAUAGUGAUCAAGAUUAUAGUAGAGUAGCUCUAGAACUUUCACUCAAGCGACAACAGCUUUUACAAAAAGCUAAUCAAUCAUUAAGCGCAAAACAACAUCCUUCAGUCACUGCACAUUAUUUAGAAAGAGCUGAUAUUGUCAAACAAAAUGAAAUACUUGCCAAAACCAAUGCUGUAUUAGAUAUGGUUAAACAAAAUGAGAAUGCCACUUCCUUAGAUUUGCACAAUUUAACAGUUUCAGAUGCUAUUAUAGCAUUAGACAUAUAUUUGGAUAAUCAUAUAUCAAAUUUGAAAAAACCCAAUGGAGGAAAUAGAGGUAGACAACUGACUAUUAUUACAGGUCGUGGAAAACAUAGUCCCAAAGGCAUAGCUCGCAUCAAACCAGUUGUUAUAAGAAGACUUCAAGAUAGACGACUAAUAUAUUUGGAGCCUGAAAUACCAGGAUCAAUAAUGGUUAUUAUCAAAAAGAAUUCUUUGCUCAGUUCAGAAUUUUAGAAGUUAUUGAUUAGUUUAUUAAUGUUAAGUAAAUUAGAUACUACUGAUAUGUAUUUAAAUAAUUAUAAUUUUUUUUUUUUAUUGACCUUUUUUAAUUUUAAUCGUUUAUCACAAGAUAUGUGAAUAGUUUCAUUUAAAUUCCUAAUAGUGGUAAAUUAUUAUGUUUACAACAUGGAUGUUAUCUGUUUGUUAUCUUUUUUAUUUUUUUAUAUGUAUUCUUAUAUUAUAAAUUAUAUUGACUGACAUAUCAAAUAAAAUGUAUUUUCUUAAAAUAUAUUUGUUAUGUUUGAAUA